AUGCCUGCCCCCCGAGUCCCCAUCUCUCCUCAGCGCCCUGCCUCGGCGGGGCCUCACCGCCAUCCUGCCCCACCACAGAUGGAGCCUGGCUGCAGCCAGGGCAGGCCGCGCAUGCAGCUCGUUUAUGUCAACAGCUUCGGCUCCCACCGCUGCGGCUCCAUCAUCCGCUAUGGCAGGGGCUGCCGACAGGCUGAGGUGGGCUGGGCUGGGCCCCUGCUUUCCCAGCCGAGCCCCAUGGGGGAGGCCGGGAGGCAGAGGGCCGCCCUGGCGCCAGGAGACAAGGCCAGUCCUGGGCCGCCUGCUGCCAGUGGGAGGGUGCAGGUGGUGGGGAGCUGUGGCGUGGUGAAGCCUGUCAGCUGCCAUCGAGGUGACCUUCGAGAGGCUAAGGCUGACACCUUUGACUUUCCCUUCCCUUCAAGAAAUGUUGAUAAAGUAAUUAAACGAAAGAAGCAAAAGUCCAAAGUCUGGCUUAAGGUCUGGAAAGUAAUUUCAAAAAUGCUUGAAGAAAAUGAAAAGUUCAGAAGUCGACUCUUGACUUGCAGUCAGUUUAGUGGAGAAGGCAAUAAUAUGAACCAAAGUUCACAGAAUGAGGCAUCCUACCUGGACAGGGAGGAGUCCAUCUUUGGCUGGGUAUAGCAAGAAAAUAAAGGAAGAUUCAAUUGAAAAGGAAAUAUAAAAGUAGUGAAAGUUUUUAUUUUGAUCUAGUUCUUACUGAAGUCGGUGGCAAGACUGCAGGUGAUUUCAGUGAACACAGGUUCUCUGUUGUUUGUUUGGCAUGCGUGCUUCUACUGUUUAAGAGGUUUGUUUUUACAGUGGCUUAAACAGCUCUGUUGCGAGAUAUUUAUUUCAAGUCAUUAAGUCUAGUGUUUCACUUAGCUAUUAGUUUUCGAAAGCUUUUUAAUGAGCAUAAUAUUGUGACAGUUUGCUUGCAAAAGAAUAGAGAUGCACAUUUAGUGUUGA